AGUGGGUAAAAACAGAAGCCGGAUACUAAGAUUAAAAAAAAAAGUUUAUCAAUGGGCCCAAAACAUUUAACCCUUACAUUUCCGUUUUAACCUUCCGAGGGAGGCACUUUUGAUCGUGAUCAUGUUGGUACUGCCGAGUAGAGUGUGUGACAACAUGUAUUUCUCUCUUCAAGUCAAUUUUUAGGGUUCCGUUUCAUUCGAUUUUUUAUCAACAGCCACACCAGAUUAGAUUAGAGUAUAUCACUAUGGAAAUUACAAACUCCAAUGUCUCCGAUGAUCCAUUUCCGCCGGAAAACCAACACGACACCGGCACCACAAUAGCGCAAUCCGUGAACAAACUCAACGACUUGUCGAUUUUUAUACAAGCUUUCAAGAACAGGUAUGAUGAACUGCAAAAUCAUCUUGAUUUCAUCGAACACGCCAUCUCCACAAGGACCAGUGAACUCGAAGCCCUAGCCACCACCACCGCAAAGGUAGUCAUUGUUCAACCGGAAUCGAAAUUGGAAUCAAAAACCGAUGACAAAGUAGCCGAACAACAACAACAUCAACAACAACCAGAAGAAGAGCCAGAAGAGGAAAGAGCAAAAGAAGAGGACAAAAAGGAAGAAAUUGAAAAGGGCGAUGAGUUUCUCUUGCUUUGCAAAACGAUGAAUAGCCGUGGUUUGCGUAGGUAUAUACUCACGCAUCUCUUUGAAACAGCGUUGCUCAAGGAACAAAUCCCCGCUGCUCUGAAAACUGCGCAGGAACCGGCAAAAUUGGUGUUUGAAUGUAUUGGAAGAUUUUACCUUCAGGGAAGCAAAGCCUAUACCGUAAACUCACCUAUGAUUACUGCAAGGCAAACUUCGGUUUUGGUUUUGGAAUACUAUCUGAUAUCUGGUUGUGUUGCGAGUGAAGCAGAAAUGGAACUUUCACUGAAGGAAGAAGCUGCAGCUGCAGCUGUUGCGUGGAGGAAGAGACUCAUUUCUGAAGGUGGUGUGGGUGCUGCCAGUGAAAUGGAUGCACGGGGUUUGAUUCUUUUCCUUGCGUGCUUUGGGAUUCCUGGUAUUUUUAGGAAUGAGGAUAUAGCUAACUUGGUUCAUUUGAGCAAACCUGCGGAAAUCUCGCAUGCUCUUCGCAAAUCUAAGGUCCUUUUUGGCAGAGUUUCUGAUAUUACAGAGGGAAUGAUGAAAAAGGACAAAGUUGUUGAAGCUAUUGAAUUGGCUUAUACCUUUGGGUUUGAAGAGAAAUUUUCUCCCCGGACAGUACUAACUUCAUUUCUACAUAAGUCUAGUGAAACUUGGAAGAAAGCAAAAGAAGCACGUGAUGAUCCUAGUUUGCUGAAGAAAACAAACGAAAAAUACUUGACUGCUUUGAAAUCUGUAAUCAACUGUUUGGAAGGUUUCAAGGUUGACAUUGCAAAACUUCUUCCAGAGUGGAAACUUAAGGAUACAAUUCUCCAACUGGAGAAAGAUAUUAGUGAUGUCGCCAAAAAAUUUGAAGACAAUUCACCGCCCAAGAGAAAAUUGGAUAAAAGCAGUACUUCAAAGAAAGUGAAAGGCCCAGACACAAAACGAACAAGGUACGAUGUGAGAGAUCCUUUUAUGGCAUCACCUUCAGUAACUACCUUGCAAGGGCAAAGGAUUGCUAGUCUUAUUGAUGGUAAUAGCUCAUAUGAUACUUCAUUAACUGCACAUUAUCUGGAGGGUAGAUCCUAUGGCUACCCAAAUCCCUAUUCCAUUGCAGCAUCUGCACAAUUUGGAUCUGUUUCAGGGUCGUUGCCAGAAGGUUAUAUUGGAAGGGGAGUGUCAAUCGACAAUGUUGGGGCAAUGCCGAAUAUCAACAGCUCUCUGUAUAGUAGAUUGCAUAGUAUAGAUGAAGGGGUAUUAUCUUACAAUAGGUCAGUCGAUCAGAGUUUUGCAGGACAGCCUUCAUCGGCACGAGCAAAUCAUUUAUAUGGGAGAGUAUCUGCAGAAGGUUAUCCAAGUUUGCCAGAUCAUCACUCUAUUGGUGCUCCUAGUCGCGGGGGAGGCUCUGAUUUGUAUAGUUUUGCUGAUUCUGUAUUUGAUUUGUAGUCAUUCCGGUGCAGCAAUUCUCCAGUGGCUUCUGUAUUUUGAUAAGCUGGAAGCAAACUUCAUCCCAAACGAUAGUCAGCUUGGAUUUUUUGUUGUUGAUUUUUAUUAGAGUAGACAUAGGAUUGACACAUGCAGAUAACUAACUUGGUCAGCAGUUUUUAGCUGUAUCAUUUAAAUUAAAUUGUUGUAGGAUUGAACUCAUAUAAACAUCUCGUUAAAUCUGCAUAUGAUACGGAAGGAAUUAUAGCAUGGCAUUUCACUUAA